CAAUCAGAUAAAACGAAGUCAAGCCACAAGUAAACCACCAAUUAGCUUAUCAUUACUGUCAAAGCUCAUCUCUGUUUCUAUCUCUCGCUCUCUCAGUAUUCACGCUUUCUCCCUCUGUCUUCUCUCUGUUUGCUCAUCAUGCAAUGAAGAGAUGUUUUCUAUGGGGAGGAUAAUUCUGCUGUUUCAUCUCCUAUGUUUAGCUCUCUUGGGAGAGAUCAGUACUUCAUGGGCGGAAGACAGGCUUCUGAACCCAUCAAAGUUGGAGAUGUUCGUUGAUGAGCUUCUAGAUAUGCCUAAAAUCCAAGGUUUUGAUGUGGUGAAUACUUCUCCCAAAGCCAAGUCACUGACGAUUGGCAUGUUUAAGAAGAAAUGGAAAUUCCACAGGGACCUCCCUUCAACGCCAGUGUUUGCCUACGGUGACUCCAUGCGCACUGCAACAGUCCCUGGUCCGAUCAUCGAGGCCCUCCACGGCAUUGACACUUACGUGACAUGGCAAAAUUACCUUCCUUCAAAGCACAUACUGCCAUGGGAUCCAACGAUCCCUACUGCUAAACCUGCCAACAAGAAGGGAGUCCCUACUGUAGUGCACCUCCAUGGUGGAAUCAAUGAACCUGCCAGUGAUGGAAACUCAAACUCAUGGUUCACUGCUGGAUUCGAAGAAAAGGGCUCUACUUGGUCGAAGAGAACAUAUCACUACAACAAUAAUCAACAGCCUGGAAAUUUAUGGUACCAUGAUCAUGCCAUGGGAUUGACCAGAGUCAACCUAUUAGCUGGCCUGAUUGGGGCCUAUGUUAUUCGCCAACCUGAUGUUGAAGGCCCGCUUCAACUUCCUUAUGGUGACGAGUUUGAUCGACAUUUGAUCGUGUUUGAUCGUAGCUUUCUUACAGAUGGUUCCAUAUACAUGAAUUCCACAGGGAACAAUCCCUCUAUACAUCCGCAAUGGCAGCCAGAAUAUUUUGGCGACGUAAUCAUAGUGAAUGGUAAAGCAUGGCCGAAACUGGUUGUACGACGUCGUAAAUAUAGAUUCCGUAUAAUCAAUGCCAGCAACGCCAGGUUCUUCAGAUUCUUCUUCACCAAUGGGUUGGAAUUCAUCCACGUGGCAUCUGACUCAACUUAUCUUGGGAAACCCGUAGUGACCGAUGAAACUCUGUUGGCCCCAUCAGAGAUUGCCGACGUGGUCAUUGACUUUUCAAAGUCAAAGACUAAUGAAGCUAUUCUAGCUAACGAUGCAUCCUAUCCUUACCCAUCUGGGGACCCAGUCAAUGAAUCAAACGGCAAAAUCAUGAAAUUUAUCAUCAAGAAAAAGCCAGAGAUUGACACGUGGCAGGUACCAAACAAAUUGAUAAAAUAUACCUCCCCGGAUUUAUCUAGUGUGGCGCAAACACGAUACAUAGCAAUGUAUGAGUACACAAGCGACAUGGACGAGCCCACGCAUCUUUACAUCAACGGGAAACCGUACGAAGCUCCGGCAACGGAGACUCCUAAAGCCGGGACGAGUGAGAUUUGGAAUGUGAUUAAUCUAACGGAGGAUAAUCAUCCAAUGCACAUUCAUUUGGGACUAUUCACGGUGUUGGAUCAAACGGAGCUAGUGAAUGAAGAGGAGUUUAAGGGAUGCAUGUCGAAAAAGAAUGACGCGAUCAAGUGCCAAAUAGGCAAGUAUGCACGUGGCAAGAAGAUUAAGGUGCCAGCACAUGAGAAGGGGUGGAAGAACGUGUACAAGAUGACACCAGGAUAUGUGACAAAAAUAUUGGUUAGGUUUUCUUACAUACACUCCAACACUUCAUAUUCCUUUGAUCCAACUGUGCUGCCUGGUUACGUGUAUCAUUGCCAUAUCUUGGAUCACGAAGAUAAUGUAAUGAUGAGGCCCAUCAAGGUGAUCAAAUGAGAAGCCUAAACACGUUGAUCUAUGCAGGAAAUCGGAAGGGAAAGACUGUUAAAACAAGAAAGGCAAUUGUAAAGUUGUUAUAUUCUUGAACUUGAGUUCUUCGUUAAUUAGUGCUAUAAGUGGAGGAAAUAUUUAUCAACACAGAGAAUAGAACAUAUGUAUAUGAUCUAGAUUUUAAAGUGUAAAAUCGGUGGGGAUUGUGGUUAUAAAAUAAAAGGCAGCUCCAUCUUUAUGAUCUAGAUAAGAUGCUGCCAAAGUGUGGUUUAUACUCUUUGUACACAGGUUACCUUUUUUUUUUUUUUGGUUUAAUAUAGACUUUAAGCGAA